CCGAUCCACCUCGCUGCUACCGCUUCACUUGAUCGACACAACCAAAUUCUCGCCUCGACGCUCGCCUUAACGCUCGUGGGCGUGGAUGUGAGCCAUGAGACUCGGCAGCUACUUCUUGCCAGUCAGAAUAUGGCUACUCGCUCUUGUCAUCUGCAGCUGGGCGUGCAGCUCCAUCUUCGUCGCUGCUGAGCAACACCCCUUUCAGGCUUAUGACCCGACGCAUCCACUAUAUGCUACCUCCUCUUCGUCAGAUGACCUACCGACAAGCCCUCUCGAUGUGCUCACAUCGUCACCUGAUCAUACAACCCUCGUCCGCCUCCUCCAACGCGCACGAUUGGUUCCGCUACUCAUUCGCCUGGUCCAGUUCGGCGAUGAUCGUGGUCUGACCAUCCUGGCGCCCACGAACGAAGCCUUCCAGCGCAGCGACGACAAGGACAGAGACUCAUUCUGGUCGACAGCGCUCAUUGAGGCGGAAGACGGCCAGGACAACAUUGCCGCCGAACUGCGCCAGCGACUGCUCCACCAUGUCCUCAAUUACACUCUGCCUUACGACGUAGUGGCCAACCUGAGCGGUAGCGAGAGUGACAGCUCGACGGCAUCAUCAUCUGUCCCUCUGCCACUUGCACGCCCUCAUAUGCACACCACAUUGCAUCGCCCCUCACGUAGUCUACUGGAGGAGCCCACUCAUCCAGGUCCUAUUCCUCAACCGCCCGAUGGCCCACGCCACCCCGGCGCCGAGGAUCGUGGUGGCCUGCUCGGCGGCGAAGGCCAGAAGGUACGAGCCAUUUGGAGAUGGCAAGAAGAUGAAAGCAAAAAGAAGCCAUCUGCUCCUCGUCGCGGCUCCCUCUGGUUCGACGUCGACGCCAAAGGUCAAGGCGGUUUCCCUGCUCUGCGGGAGGUCCGCACACGUAGAGGCCUCGUCGUCGUCCUCAACGACACUUUGGCCCUGCCUCCUUCGCUCACUGACAUCGUAAAGUCUCACCCAGCCCUCGCGACCCUCGCCUCCAUCAUCGAUGCGCGAUUGCUGCACACCCUCGCACAUACCGCCCACUCGACUCUCUUCCUUCCCGCCUCUCCGUCCUUCGACUUCCUUGCCCCGUUGGAGCAGUCGUAUCUGCUGCGCAACACGUCACGCGAGGAACAGCGAGACGAUGCAUGGAAGGUCGUUGGGUGGGACCGCACAAAGGUGCUGGGCUGGCAUAUCACCGGUCGGGGCCUACGCGGAGACGAUGGGCAAUGGGGAGUAGUCGGGUAUGCCGAGCGGCUGAGAGCUGCGCUGGGCGACAACGACGGUGUGCUCAACAUGACCACAGUUCUUGGUGGACCGCUGCACCUCCGCUUGGACAAGACAGGCGAUGAGGAAGACUCUGAAGCCUCGGGCGAUAUCAGGGUCGGCGACUCUGCCCGCAUAGUAGAAGAGGACAUCCUCUGCGAGAACGGAGUGGUCCACAUCGUCGACUCGCUCCUACUUCCUCAGCCUUCUGCUCUCUCCCUCAAUGUGGAAAAGACACUCCUCGCGCUCAACGCCUCGCGCUUCGUGGGCAUGAUGCGCAAGGCUGGGCUCGAGAAGGAGUACCUGCUCGUUGGCGGUAGCAAAGACCAGCGAGAUGACGACGACGACGAUAGCGACGCCGUUCAAGAGCGCAAGCCCGAUCGCCGCAGCCCGCAGUGGACCAUCGUUGCACCUACGGAUGAGGCACUGCAGCACUGGCUCGCUGCUCACCCGGAGAAGGCACAGUGGUGGCGACGGUUCGAGGAGCAGCCUACACUGAGCGACGACGGCGAUGAGGACGACGAAGACGGCUCUGCGCGGUCAAAGCUCGUCGACCUACUUCGCUACCACGUCAUCCCGGGCAUCGUCCGACCAGAGAACCUCACAGACGGCGGACUAGUGCCGACAGAUCUGCGCAGCUGGCGAUUGAAGGAGGGCAGACAGCGAAUCGUUACGGCAGUGACCUCGACCAAGAGUACAGCGCGAGAGGGCAAGGAGCCAAAGGGCAAUGGCGACGUGGCAUUUGGUGAUGCAAACGUCAUUGCUGACCCAGUUGAGGUCAUGGGCCACGCCGAGGAUGGCCGCGACGACAAAGACGGCGAUGACGACAAGCCUCCCUCCGCUCCGCCGGCCGCGCUCAUUUACCUCGUCUCUUCUCUGCUCACUCCGCCCGACAACCCAGUUCAGACAGCCGUAUCGGCCUCCCUCUCCCUCUCGACCUUCAUCGCGGCAGUCUUCUCCGCCGAGUUGGACAAGGCGAUCAAGCGUGCGCCGGGCGUCACGUAUCUCAUCCCAAACAACGAAGCCUUUAGUAAUCUCGGGGCAAUGGUGAUGAAGUACCUGCUGCUCAACGCAAAAGAGUCGCGCGAGGCACUGACGCAGGUAGUGGAGUAUCACUCCAUCGACCAGGUAGUAUACGUGGAUGAUCUGCUCUCUUCGCAAAACGGGCUCAAGAAGUUCCCGACACUGGAAGGCUCCACCAUCUUCGCUGGCCGAGCAAAGGAUAGCGACGGUAAAGCCUACAUUGAAGUUCGGCGAGACGACGGCAGUGAGCAUAGCGGCAAUCGCACACUGCUACAUCGCCCUCCGAUUCGUAAUGCCCGCGUCAAGGCCAAAGAUCUACUCACGGAUACUGGCGUUCUUCACGAGAUCGACACAGUAGAGCUUCCCCCUGACCUCGACUUGACGAGCGACAAGCUGCUGCGAGGAGCAAAAUGCGACACCUUCCGCGACCUCAUUGUGAGGGCAGGGUACGGCUUCGUGCUCAACGGCACUCAACCGCCCGAUGAAAGCGACGAAGCCGAGAAGCUAUCUUUGCUGCGCAAGACCCCGCGUCAGCGCCACGGGAAAAAGCAUUCACGUCGCCAUCGCUUCUUCCGGGACCCUGCCCGAUCCUACGUCCUCCUCGCCCCAACGGAUGAAGCCUUUACGCGUGUGAAUCUCAGCUACUACUAUGCUGAUGCGGAGAAGCUCAAGGAGCUCGUGCAGCUGCACAUUGUUCCUUCGCCUGACGCGGAGGAUGACGACAAUUGGAAGGCUGCAGAGGAGCAGCGCAACGGAGGAGAGGAUGACGCGGUGAUACCCUCAAUGACUAGGUGGGCCUUGCCACUGGGGCUGAGGGAUGGGUGGAAUGCACCUAGCCUACUGGAUAGGGCGACUGGGGGAAAGAGCAGAUAUGGCAGGGUCGCCUUCAGGUAUGUCGGCGCGAGCAAGGCGAAAGGGUGGGGACGAAACGAUGACGAUGACGAUGACAACGACGGCGACGAUGACGACGACGACGAUGAGGCGCCGCAGAUGGGCUGGCAGCUCGGCAUCUUGGGCUCACGAGGAGCGCCUGCAACAAAGAGCGGCGCUGGGAAGCACUCGGCACGGAUCCUCGACUUUGGUCGCGAGUCAAGACGCCUGUAUGCUCCUGACAACGACGACGAUGACGACAGCGCACAGGCAUCGUUCAAGAAGAAGAAGAGAAGAAGAAAGCCAAGGGAAGGCGACGAGGAAGGAGCUCCGAUGCGCGCUUUGGGCGGCGUGCUCCUUCUCAACUCAGUCCUUGUACCCUACGAGCCCAACUGGUUCCACAGAUGGGGUUGGAUCCUCCUCACUGUCCUGCUGAGCCUGGCAGCCGCUUCGCUGCUCGCGGUGGGUGCAUGGCGCAGCUGGGUGACACGGACAGGUGGCAAGGGCAGGAGAAAGGGGAGGAGUGCAUCUCGAGGCGCUGAAGGCGGGGAAGAAGGAGAGGCGAUGGAAGGGGAGGAGGAGUAGCAGCAUAUCACGACAAAGCGCUCAGACUUGAUAGUUUCCCAUCCUCUAUAUCGAUUUGCAUUACUGCCAGCACAAGGUG